GUGCGGGGAGGCGAGGCGGCGAGGGCGCAGCCGGCACCGUCCACCGGCCAGGGCCCGGCGAGUCUCCCGGGAGUAGGCCCCCCGCGCCGCGCGGCCCCACCGCCAGGCCCUCCCGCCGCUCCCUUCGCAGGCCGCCGCCGCCGCAGCCAUGGCGGAAGUUCAUAGACGUCAGCAUGCCCGGGUUAAAGGAGAAGCCCCCGCGAAAUCCUCCACACACAGACAUGAGGAGGAGCUGGGGAUGGCGUCGGCCGAAACGCUGACGGUGUUCCUGAAGCUGCUGGCCGCCGGCUUUUACGGCGUGAGCUCCUUCCUGAUCGUGGUGGUCAACAAGAGCGUGCUCACCAACUACAGAUUUCCCUCCUCACUAUGUGUUGGACUUGGCCAGAUGGUGGCCACAGUGGCAGUUCUCUGGGUGGGAAAGGCACUCAGAGUAGUCAAGUUUCCUGACCUUGACAGAAAUGUACCUCGAAAGACGUUUCCACUACCUCUACUAUAUUUUGGGAACCAAAUCACGGGACUGUUCAGCACAAAGAAACUGAACUUGCCCAUGUUUACAGUUCUGAGAAGGUUCUCCAUCCUGUUUACAAUGUUUGCUGAAGGAGUUUUACUCAAGAAGACUUUUUCCUGGGGUAUUAAGAUGACUGUAUUUGCAAUGAUUAUUGGAGCCUUUGUAGCUGCCAGCUCUGACUUGGCAUUUGAUCUGGAAGGAUAUGUUUUCAUUCUGAUAAAUGAUGUCCUGACAGCAGCAAAUGGUGCCUAUGUAAAACAGAAAUUAGAUUCAAAAGAGCUGGGGAAAUAUGGCCUGCUCUAUUACAAUGCACUGUUCAUGAUUCUGCCCACCUUGGCCAUUGCAUAUUUUACAGGAGAUGCGCAAAAGGCAAUGGAUUUUGAAGGCUGGGCCGACACCCUCUUUCUUCUGCAGUUCACCCUCUCUUGUGUGAUGGGGUUUAUCUUGAUGUACGCCACAGUACUCUGCACGCAGUAUAAUUCUGCCCUUACAACUACAAUAGUUGGCUGUAUUAAAAAUAUAUUAAUAACUUAUAUUGGAAUGGUCUUUGGUGGAGAUUAUAUUUUCACAUGGACAAACUUCAUUGGCUUAAAUAUCAGCAUUGCAGGGAGCCUGGUGUAUUCCUACAUCACUUUCUCUGAAGAGCAGCUGAGCAAACAGUCAGAGGCCAGUAACAAGCUGGACAUUAAGGGGAAAGGAGCAGUAUGACCAGAGGAUUGCUUCGAUGACGUAGGCCCAAGUUUUUGAUCAACUGAAAACACUGGCAAUUCGUACACAGACACUGAGGUGUCUUGAUUAUGGAGAAAAUAACCAUUCCUUUGCACUUGUACAAUCUGAGGAUUGAUUGCUGCCUUUUAAAAUUUUAUGAGAGAAACUUAUAAUUGACUCUAUUUUAAAUAUGCCGUUGGAAAUAAUUUAUAUCAAACUGGAAAAUGUACCGGACUUUUUAAUUUAUUUCUUUUAUGUCGACAGUGAAACAUCGGUGUUUUGAAAAUAUUGUUCCGUAGUUUGAAAUCCAGGUGUCCCUUAGAGCUGCAUUUACAUAGUGCCCCAGCUGGAGCCUCAGUUGGAUGGCUGUGGCACAGAGAGGCAGGUUAGCCUGCCUUCUGCUGGAAAUGCAGCCAAGUAUCUGCAAUUUCUCCUUCUUGACUUUUGUUUCUUAACAAUUGCAUUUCCUUCGUAAGGGUAGUAGUAUCACUGCAUUUGCUUAAGAUGACAGCUUUGGCACUAAAAAAAUCAUGUGGGCUUUGAAGUUGUAUGGGUUUCCACGUUGGCUUCCCUGAGGACUCCUGGGACAGGCACAGUGCAUUCCUUGAAGUUAUGCUAUAUUCCCUCUUUGUUGUGUAGGAUGGCGAUAAUGAAGGGAUGGAGAAAGUAGGCCCUUUUCUCAUUUAUUCAUCUGUAGGAUUCAUUGAUUCAACUCAAAGGUACCGGGUAUAUAAUAUGUACCUGGCAUUAUGUUAAGUGCUGGGGGUACAGGGAUGUUUUUGGAGGUAGCUGAAUGAUCUUACUCCUGUUAUUGUGACUGAGGGUUAAGAGAGGAGACUUAACUUUACAAUCCAUUCAGGAGAUGCUGUGACCCAGAACAAGCCACAGGAACUCUUUCAGCUCUUAGCUACUGCGAGUCUGUGAAUGUGCUUAGAAGCACCCGCCCCUGUCUGCCCCACAAUGGUGAAACCAGAAGCUACGACAGGAGAUGACAUGCAUGUGAAGAGCUGCAUUUUAUUUAUUUAAACAGUUGUUUCAUUCUAAUUUUUUUUUUAAAGUAAACUCUGUGCCCGAUGUGGAGCUUGAACUCCUGACCCCAAGAUCAAGAGUCAUAUGAAGAGCUGCAUUUUGGAAACCAUGCAGCCCAGCCCUUCUUCUCUGAGGGAGAAUGGCCGGCCCGUAAGGUGGCCCCCAUCUCUUUGCUGUGCUUCCUUCUUCUGGGUUUGGUUGCUAUUCUUUUCACUCCUCUUUGAAUUGCUGCAGCUAGGUCUUCCAUUCCUGAGUGUGCUGGUUUGAGGGCAGGGAUGUCUCUGUGUUGUCCAGGCAUAGUCUCUGUGUGGCAGUCCCCACUUAGAGUUUACACGGCAGGAGCAUAUUGGUCUCCUCAGGUACUGUCAUCUACAGCCCCUACCCCUUGGGCGUGGCAGCUUCUCACAAGACUUCUGCUGCAUCUUGGGAGAGCAGCUGUGAAUAGGCGGUGCCUGCGCUGUCUCUGUGGAUGGGAAGGGGCUUCCCUCACACACAGCUCUGUGAGCCGGCUCAGAGACAUCCACUGACUUUGGGUCUGAGUGUUUGCACAGGCCGGUUGUGCAGUCAGUGCAGAAGAGGCUGGGUACUUUUGCACUGGUCUGCACUAACUUCUCUUUCACUGGGUUUGGAAUCCACAGGGCUCUACUGAUCCAAACAAUUAGUAUUUUGGUGGCUUACUUAACAGGAGGCCUGGAAGGUUUUGAUUUCUUUUUAUUUUUAAAAAAUGGAGGUCAUUUUCAUAUCCAUGUGUUUCCUGUAUUUGGAUUUGUCUUUAGUAAAGCCAGACCAGUGGUAUUGGGUCCCUAGAAUUAGCCCCAUGGCCAACUUCCAAGCUAAAAGCUCCCAAGGCUCCCUUUUUUCAGGGUUAUCUGAUCUGAGAAAAUUUGCGGGGGGUUGGGGGGGUACAUAGGAUAUUUUCUUAUUGUAAGAUGGUUUUUCUGGUCUCUGUUUUACCAAAACAAGACAAGACUCCCAGGAAGUAGGUGACUUGUUAAGAAGUAAAAAUUCAUGUUUCUUCUGUUAUACCAUGCUGCCAUUGAUAAACUUUCCUUUUCCUCUGAGAGUGAGGAAAUGAAGAUGCUGGGUUAGCUUGAGAUCUUCAAAGGAGGCAAGUGCUUGGUUGAAUUUGGACUCAGAGAGGAUAGGCUUUGCAGAGAGAGGACAGUGAUACCAGAGCUUCUGUCUCAUUUCCAGGCUGGCCUCAGUUGCUAUAAACUCUGGCUGUGAAUGUUGCCUGCCCCUGCCUGGUUUUGCCUGGAUAAGGUGGAAAGGCAUUGUGAGAGUUAAUUUUAGUGAUUCUGUUCCUUCUAUUGAGGCACAUGGAGGGAACUUUGACUUUAGAGAUAAUUUGUGUUGUAGAAUUUCUUGUCAUGGAAGGCCUUUGGAUGUGUCUAGAGCUGUUAGGCUAGUACCCCAGGAGGGGUCGAACUGCUUCUUGGGGGUCAGGUUCUUGAAGAUCUGUCAUCUCUCUAGGUUUGAGAAAAUAGUGUCUCAUUACAGCCUCACUGAAUGCACAUGACCUUGGCAUCCCCUCCCACCCCCCCAGCCCAUGCUGAACUUGCUGACUGCCCAGAAACAGCAGAGAGAGUUUCAUCUUCUGCCUUGUCCAGGUUCUGCUUCCUAGAUGCCCCCCUUCGACUUCCACCAACAUGUCAAGAUAAGGGAAAGCAGCCUGGGGAAGUUAGGACUGAAGAGACUGGCCAACUGUUUUUGGAGUUUUUCAAUUAUAUGCAGGCUUGGUUUUAAUGAACUAGAGGUUUACCUGGUACUCUGACAUCGCCCAGAAUGUCUGGAUUUUGCCCCAAGGUUGAUAUUUUACAAGGCAAAGAUUCUGUGAACUACUAACUACCUCCUGGGGGAAAGAGAGGCAGCUUUAUAGUUAAACCCUUCAUUUGCCCUUGGAGACAGAUAAGCUGUGGUGCAAAUUUUGAAAACGAAAUUCUGACUAGUGGCUCCUCUUCUUGAGUUAACGAAAACCAAAGUCCUCUUUGGCCAUCCUGCUUUUUAGUCUGUGCCAGAUUGAUUCAGAGAACCCUAGCUGACCAGACUGUUCAUUGUCAGCGUGUCAGGUGAUUUGUAAUUGCUUCAUAUGGGUGUUGAUUUUAUAAGUCAGUCAUUGCUAGGCUCCAACUUGCAAGUUGGUUUAAAAAAACACGUAUCUGCAAGUUUUCUGUAGUCCUAUUGUAUCAAGAAUCCAUGGAAAGUUCGGGUCAGUAACACUGAAAUGUGUUUUUCACGGAAAUACUAGCAGAGUUUCAUAUUUGACUGGUUUGGAAUAGUGCUUUAGUAUUUUGGACCUAUUUUUGUUAUUGUGGUCUUAUUGGUGAACAGAGAUUUAUUGAGCAUCUUUUUUAUGCCAGAGCCUUAUGGCAAGCUCUGGGGAAACCACCGUAAAUAGGACAGUUCUUGUUCUCAAAGAAUGUAUAAUUCUUUAGCCAGGUGCAUAUUAAGAGGAAGAGGGUAAAAGGAGUCAGCUGUUUGUAACAAAGAGCAGUUGGCAGUUACCACAGAUUACGGGUGUCCCACCCACCCAUAGAGCCAAAGCGUUUUCUUCAUCUAAAAGGACUUUUUCAACACCUGCUACUCUUCUAGUUCUGAGAGAAGUGUCCGGCGGUUAGAAUCUGUGACUAGUCUGGCUUCCUCUCCCUCUAUGUCACAUAUUCUUUCUUCCCCAUAACUAUGUAGUCCAGAGGUCCCCCCUUCUCCGUUUCCCUUCCCUCGGUUUCAGUUAUCUGUGGUCAACCGAGGUCUGGAAGCAGAUGAUCCUCCUGACAUAAGGUCAGAAGGUCAGUAGUAGCUUAAUGCUAUGUCACAAUGUCUGCGUCAUUCACCCGGCUCCAUCUCAUCACGUGGACAUUUUAUCAUCUUACGUCAUCGCGGGGUGAGGGGAAUACAGUUCAAUAAGACACUUUGAGAGACUCCACGCUCAUGUAACUUUUAUGACAGCAUAAUUUUUCUAUUUUAUUAUUGUUAAUCCCUUACUGUGCCUAAUUUAUAAAUUAAACUUUAUCAUGUACAUCUAGGAAAAAGCAUGUAUAGGGUUCAGUACUCUCUGUGGCUUCAGGCAUCCACUAGGGAUCUUGGAACAUAUCCCCUGUGAAUAAAGGGGGACACUUAAUGUAUCGGCUCCUCCUCUGAAUAAGGCUGUAAUUGAUGGGAAAACAGUAAUAGUCACAAUAAAUGAUAACGGAUGUGAAACUAUUCAGCACGAUGCUUCAUACAUAUGAGGCGCCCAGCAAGUGUCAUUAUGUCAUAUGACAUCAUGGGGAGACCGUAGGCAAACUAGGUCCUUCAUCUCUGCUCCUUAAACGCUGGAGGCCUGGGCAGUGGGUAUAUGUCUUGAAAAACUUGAUCCUGCACUUUGUUGCCUCUGGAGUGUUUAAAUAACAGGUUCUUUUUUUUUUUUUUUAAAGUACCUACUGGAUACAAUUGUGGCCCUUAUGUGAUGCAGGUCAUUCCACCUAUUUUUUUUUUUUAAAAAAAGAACAAAGUUGCUUUUCUUUUGGUGGUGAAUUUCAAAAGAAAAAAUGAUUUUCUGUCUUCACCUCAGAAUGGUGAUGCUGGUUACGCUUUCCCAGUUUGUCUCCUUAAGGUGUAGCUCCUCUACAGGCUCCACAGGCCAGACAUUCCUUCUUCCCUUUUCCGAGUGAAACACAGUGGCUCUGCGCUCUGAGUCGGUGCAGCUCUCCGUGGUUGGGGUUUGGGAGCCUCUGGCGCCAGGACUGUGUUCUGAACUGGUCUGCUAGGUCUUGCGUGAGGGCGCCACUUCGUGACGGUAAGAAGAGACACUCACUGGUGGGUUUUUUUAAACUUUCUUUUUGAAUUACUUUUUAAAAAGAAAUCUACUGGUUAGAUUUAUUAACUCACAAAAAUGUUUUUAGAGAUUAUUUUGUUCAUAAAUAUUUCUUUCUCAUGCCGAUCAACUGAUUUUUGUCUACAAAUGUUGGCUUAUCACAGUAUUUUUCACUACAGAUCCUAUUUACGAAAUGACCAUUUUAGUGUUUUAAAAGGUACUAAGGAUUGAGAUAUGUAAAUCAGGUGACAUAAACAUGAAAAUUAUGUGCCUAAAUAUUUUUGUAAAGGUGUCAAAUAAAUACUUUUUCCUGAA